ACUCUUUUAUUGUCAGCGAAGACACAGAUUCUGGCUGUGGUUGUGUUCACCACUUGUGUUGUAGUCGUUUGGCGAUCAAAGACUAAUUCAAUCGAGAAAACCAAAUACUGUUUGGACGACCAAAACAACUAUAACAUCGAAAACAUCACCAAAAAGUCCAAUUUGCCGGUUAUUAUCGAUAUGAAUGACUCGACACAAAAGUUGUCGCCCGUAUCGGCAGAGACCCGACCGCCCUAUCGGUCCAAAGUCAACAUCAAAAGAGACAAUACGAGCGGUAGGUCUAAGACAACUCAAACCAACUCAACCAAUGCAUUCCCAGUGAAGAGACCUAUUGUGAAGACCACUAGUGGUGCAGUCGAGGGCAAGAAUCUGACAGUAUUUGGUUCGACAAUCUAUGCCUUUCUGGGCAUACCAUACGCUGAGCCACCGGUGGGUGACCUGAGAUUUGCGCGCCCGGAGCCCAUCAAACAGUGGUCGGGUGUUUUGCGGACAAUGAAUUUCAGCGACAUGUGUCCGCACAAAGUCUUUCCCAGAAGUUUAGUUCCCAUGAGAUAUAUGAGCGAUAAGAUAUCCGAAGACUGUUUGACGCUUAACAUAUGGACACCAGAUAUUAGACCGAAGACAUUGAGGACAGUGAUGGUUUGGAUCCACGGCGGGGCUUUCAAUUACAACACCGCUAACCUUCACGAGACCGACGGCCGAGUGCUCGCCACUUACGGCGAUGUCGUUGUCGUUUCAAUCAAUUAUCGUAACGGCGCGUUAGGGUUUCUAAACGCUCAAAGCCCGGGCGCUCCGGGAAAUAUGGGUCUCUACGACCAGUCGUUGGGAUUAAAUUGGGUUAAGGAUAACAUACACCGAUUUGGCGGCGAUCCCAACAAACUUGUGCCUUUUGGUCAGAGCGCCGGCGCUAUUAGUGUCGGUAUAUUAAUGACAAUGGACUCCACGAAGAAUCUGUUCUCGCGGGCCAUCACUGCCAGCGGUGGCGCUCUUUUGCCCGGAAUAUUGACCUCAAAGACCGUACAAAACGGCGAACGAUUCGCCAAAUUGUUGGGCUGUUCUCCAAACAGAGACUACAGGACUAAUCCCAAUAAAGUGAUCCAAUGUCUCAGAAGAGUACCACUCGAUCAACUCAUUGACGCACAAACACAGAUACUGGAGAGCUCUCAGUUGGCAUUUGUGCCGACGGCCAACGGCUUCUAUAAGGACAUCAAUUCACCGGCAAAUCUGCUGAACGACACGUAUCUGUUCGCCAAUAUGAAGGAACUGUUGGCCGGAGUGGUGCCCAACGAGGGCUCGUGGCUCAUGCAUGUGGCCAGUCCUCAGGUGUUCAGACGACACACUUUCCCACAAAUGCGAACAUUAGAGGAGACGAGGAAUAUGUUUGUCUGGUUUCUGACCGAUAAGGUAGGAGUGGCGCCAAACAUAGCGCCGCUGAUCGCCAACUCGAUGAUUACUGGGCCAGAAGUGGACACUCCGCUCAACAACAUUAAUAAGCUAUCGAAAGGCAUUGGCGACAACUCUAUCACUUGUCCCACCAUUUAUAUGGCCGACGAACUGUCGGCCAGGAAUAAGACGGUCUAUAUGUAUGUGUUUGAUCACAAGGCGAAGGCCACUAAGUUUGGCGACUGGCAGGGCGUCAGUCACUACGAAGAGGUCCCAUUCGUCUUCGGGUAUCCGCUGAGGCGUACGAAAUACUUUGACAGACAGGACAUAGAGAUGAGUAAACGGAUUAUGAAAAUUUGGUCACAUUUCGCCAAAAAUGGGUAA